AUGGAAGAAGAAAAUGCGGUGCCUGGUUGUAGUGAGCUUUCAGACCUGGAGAAUACAGCAGAAAGCGAACCUGAUCUUUUCACUACAUUUUCUGUGAAAACGCUUUUUGGAUUUACAACUAAAUUUGAAUCUACAGCUUCCAAAGAAGAAACAGUGCUUAAGGCAUUUCAACCUUUGCACACCGAUAUAAAUACUCAUGCUAACACCUGGCAUGAGAGGAAUGAUAAUGAUUGUAAUGACGACUCAGAAAAUCAGCACGGCAUGAGUAGUACCAGUGGCCAACCUGACCCGAUGUCUGGCAGGCAAACUGACCUGGAACUGGAGUUAGCUGAACAAAAUGAAUUACUUCUUCACCAUUUAAGGUUUGUACAGACUUCUUUGUCUGAAUCUGACAAUGAUGACAAGGAUGCUAUUCUCGUACAAGGUACUUUGGUUCAUACAACAAGUGAUACAGAAUCGGACACAGAGAGUAAGGACCUAGACACCGAUGAAAACAAUACAAGUGGAUCUGGGCUAAAUAAUGCUGCUUUGUCUGCCGAGGCUUUGGACAAUAACAAUCAAAAUAGGGAAGAGUCAGAAUCAGAAGGGCACAGCAACAGUGAUGACACUGUGGAUCCAGAUGACAUUGAGUUACACCCACCAAUUUCUAAGCAGCUCCCAAAAGAGCUGGAUGGUGUUCUGGAGCAUGACUCCAAUGGAAAAGACAAAAUGUUAAUGGAUGAGCAGUUCAGCCGCUUGUUUGCUACAGGGGAAUGCCCUCAAGAACUUCCAGAUGAAGAACAAAGACCUUCAGCUGAUAAUACGUCGCUCCAAAAACCAGCACUGACUGAAAAGACUUUCCAGCUGCCCGCUUUCUUUAGUGGACUACGUGUGAGGAAAAAGGGACUAACCACAGAGGAUGGGGAAACUAUUACAGAAAUUAAACCAAGGGAGAAUGAUUUAGCUCUGCUUAAGUUACGACAGCCUGUUAAGAAAUCCAGUAUUACAUCAGGUUUGACCACUAAAAAAAAAUCAGCUGAACCUAAAGCAAGUCCUACUUUCCUGGAACAACUCUCGCACUUGUUAAACAUAGACGUCUCCAAGAAUGAAGAUAGAACCGAGGACUCUGGUGAGGGAUCUGGUGAGACCGAAGACAGUGAUGAAGCUCAAGACAACAAAGCCUCUGGCAAAACAGAACCAUGUUUUCCCUCUGAGGAAAUAAAAUCAAGCCCAGCUGAAUCUGCACUGGACGUCUUUAAAGCUUUAUUCACUCGGCCUCCCAAAAAAGAAACAACUGCAGAUACUUCAGAGCUGGAAGCCAUAAAACGUAAAAUGAGAAAUGAAAAAGAUGCUUUGAAAGCUGUAUUUGAAAGGUCAAAAUCAAAACCUGGGGAUGGACCAUCAGACAAAUCUCCUGACCUGAGUCCCUCAGAGCAAGAUGACAAGACUCCAGGGAGACUCCAGACUGUCUGGCCACCACCAAAAGCAAAGCAUGAAGAAGUAAAAGUAGGAUUAAAGUACACAGAAGCAGAGUACCAAGCUGCCAUUUUGCAUUUAAAGAGGGAACACAAAGAAGAAAUUGAAACAUUAAAG